CCCAUCCCAGUCCUAUUGACUCCGCUUAGGUUAUCUCGGCUCCCUGUAACCUAAACUGAAUAAAACAGGCGAAAUUUCGAAUAAUACGGCCGCGAGAGGCGGGGGACUCCUUUCAACCGGCAAUGGCUCCUGCUAUUCCGGUGGAUCAGCGCAAGGACCGAAUUAGUGCGAGGGUUUGGAUCUAUCUUUUGCUCCUCACGCUGCAGUACGGUGCGCAGCCGCUUUUCUCCAAACGAUUUGUCGGGAAAGAAGUUAUUGUUACAUCAGCUGUUUUGGCAUGCGAAGUAACAAAGGUCUUUUGUGCAUUGAUUCUCCUUGCAAAGGAAGGUAGCUUGAAGAAGUUAUUCAAUCAGUGGACUUUAAUGGGCUCAUUGACUGCAUCAGGCCUUCCAGCAGCUGUCUAUGCAUUGCAGAAUAGCCUCUUGCAGAUUUCCUACAAGAACCUGGAUUCUCUGACUUUCUCUAUUCUCAACCAGACCAAACUGUUCUUCACUGCAAUUUUUACGUAUCUCAUUUUAGGGCAAAAACAGUCAGUUCAACAAGUUGGAGCCCUUAGCUUAUUAAUCAUUGCUGCUAUUCUUCUAAGUGUGGGGGAGGGAUCUACCAAAGGUUCUGGUGACAAAAACGCUGAUCAGGUUUUAUUUUAUGGAAUAGUUCCAGUUAUGGUUGCUUCAGUGUUAUCUGGAUUGGCAUCUUCUUUGUGCCAAUGGGCUUCUCAGGUCAAGAAGCACACGUCAUAUUUGAUGACUAUAGAAAUGUCAGUGGUUGGAAGUCUGUGUUUGUUAGCAAGUUUGUACAAGUCUCCAGAUGGGGUGGCUAUAAAAAAGCAUGGAUUCUUUUAUGGAUGGACACCAUGGACUUUGGUUCCAGUAAUCUUCAAUGCUGUCGGAGGAAUUCUUGUGGGGCUUGUAACAGCACAUGCCGGUGGUGUGCGGAAGGGUUUUGUUAUAGUCUCCGCACUCUUAGUUACCGCGCUACUGCAAUUUAUUUUCGACAGCAAAUCACCAUCUCUUUAUUGCCUUGCUGCAUUGCCACUUGUUAUGAGCAGUAUUUUCAUAUAUCAGCGGUAUCCAUACGCUGCUAGGAAGAAGGAAGACUAACCUAAGGUGCAGAACUCAAGCUUUAAGUGUUUUUGGCAUACUUCACAUAUUACUGCUAAACUUGGAGCUCAUUGUAAAGGCAAUGAACGACUCCUCAUUGUGCUGAUUUGAUAUAGAUAAAUUAAUUAUUGUAGGAUACAGUGGAAUUUGAAUUGUAGUUGGAAUACUAACGGAAAUUCAAAUUUAGGAUUCCUUUGGAGUCGCUGAAAGUUAAA